UGAGGCAAAAUUAUCUAUAUAGGUAGGUAUUUUAUAAGGUCACAACGACUUAUUGAAAAUGCGUAAAGAUGCUCAAUUUGGCGGUGUUUUAGAUAAGAUAGGAGUCAAUUUGCGUCAAUGAGAUUAAAUUUUGAAAAGAGUUCUAAUCGGCAAUAUUUAUUUGGUAAUGUAAGAUCUUAACAAUAUGUUGUUUAAGAUUUUCAAAGUUGAUGAAUCGUCGAAAAGUAGUGCCUUUAGGGUAUCUAUAUUUAAUUUGGGGUUAACAGUGUUAUUAACAGCAACAUUAAUCGGUUUUGCUAUUAGCGUUUUCUAUUAUUAUGGUGGAAUCGAAGCAACACAUGUGAGCAGAUUAAUUUUUGUUGAAGUCGCAUUAAAUUGCUUAUUUUUUCCAUUUGGCAUUUUACUAAUAAUCGGAGUAAAAAAAGACAAAUACAAAUGGAUUAGUAUUUGGAUCAAGGCUAAAGUAGUUCAAGCUUCUUACAUCUUUUUACUAAAUUUUGUUAUGCAAUUGUAUAUUACUGUAUCGCUAAAUGUUGGUGAUGGUUUAAUUGUAUUGGUUUAUACUCUAGUAAUUGAAGCAUUUUACAUGGAAAACAUUGUUUAUAUGAAUAACUAUCAACGGAAUAGACAACCCAAAGAUGAGGAUAUUCCAGUUCCUAAUCAAGUCGUUAAAGAAUUUGUGAUCAAAGUUUAAAAUAUUGCAAAUAUGAAGAAUGCCAAUAUAAGAAGACUACUAAUUGUUAUUUAAAAAAAUGAGUAAAUUGCAAGAUUUUAUAAGGUGAUUGGUUUCGAUAAUUUUAAUGUAUUGUAGCAAUUUUAUGAAAGUAAUCUCAUUUUUUAUAUUAAAUCUUAUUAUAUUUUUCA